AUGUCCAGUCUGCUCUGGUCCCACCUGCCAGUGGUCUGGUUAAUGUUGAGUCAUCUCCUCAGAGAAAGCUCCACUGAAUGGACAAAUGAUGAAAAAAUUAAGUUAUGUGGCAAUGAAUUUGAUGAGGCUCUUAUGACCUUAUGCUUGGAACCUGAAAAGAAAAUCUCCAAAGUCCAAGUGGACCAGCUAGAAGAAUCUGGAUCACUCACAAAAACAGUAUCAUCCUCUAUUGACGAAGAUGCAGGAAUCUUUGAUAGAGUGUCAGAAUUCAUUCCUAAUAUGCCAAAGGCCGUAAUACGUUUCAAACACGUGCUUGAUGGCCAACCACACAUAAAACAGAAGGUAGAGUGCAAUGGAAAGCAAGAACCACUACACCUUGUCCCCGCGAAGCUCAGAUCCCAGGAAAGGGGUUGUCAAACAAGAGCAGAAACCAGCACACAGCGACUCCCCGCCAGCCGGAAGAGCCGGAGGAGAGGUUUCGCGGAGCUACCGCGUGCUUCGCUAACAACCAGGCUGAAGCCAAAGCCUGCUACCUCCGACUUCCGGAGAGCGGAGGGAGAGCGGAGGGAGACCGGAAGCGCAGGCCCAGGAACUCAGUGCGCUGUUAAGGUCUGCGCAGCUUCCGCAGCCGCCGGUAGGGGGCGCGGGCGGGGCCGGGUGGGCUCGGCCGGGAGAGGCUGGGGCGGUUGUGGAUCCCAGGCCUGCUGGGGGCGCAGGAUGAAGGUGCUCUUCUGUUUCAGUUCGCUGUGGCUCGGGCUCCUGUUGAUUUGCUUGUCGCAAGAGCUGGACCAGCUGGACGAGCUGAACAUAGGGAUCAGUAUAGCCAGGAAGCUGUGCGGCAGCAAUCUGCAGAAAGCAAUAGUAAAGCUCUGUGGCGAUACUGACUGGAGCCACUUCCAGUUGGAAGAAAUCCCUUUGGUACAGUUGGUUCCCCAGGCCACUGGGAAGACUGAAGCCCUUGACACCGACCAGUUUGGAAGUUCCGAAAUGCCUUUCCCGGUGUGGGGCGCAGUCACAAACCCAGGCUCUACUUCUGCCUCUCAGGGAGAAGCAAUAAAAAGUUGGGAGAUCCAGUCAUUACCUCAAUAUCAGUAUAAAAAGACCAACUUACUCCUUGAUAAGAUAAGAGAAUUUCCUUCAUCGCAUGAUGGUGAUCCAAACAUUCACAAAGCUGUGAAAUUUCAAAAGAAAAAUACAAACAAAAUUAAAGCCUCAAGCAAUUUAUUUUGGGGAAAUCAUCCUCAAAGGAAACGCAGAGGAUUUUCAGAUAAAUGUUGUCUUAAAGGAUGUACAAAGGAAGAACUUGCCAUUGCAUGUAUUCCAUAUAUUUUUAAAACUUAUGAUAAAAAGACUGUCACUUGAACUGGGAUAUACUCAUCAUCAUCAUAACUAUAUAAACUUAAUAAAACUUCACAAUAUCUAA